GAUCUAUUUCAAUUAUUAGUUUCAGUACGCAGGGAACGUGAUCCUUCGUGAGCUUCCUCCAUGACUUGGACGUUAUUUAAGGCUGAGCAUUCUCUCUCAAGCUCAUUCAGUUCAGAAUUGUAGAAUUGCCGAAAUCAUGGCGAAAAGCUGCUUGCCCGCGUUCCCGCUCGUCGUGUUCGGCGUGGUCGAACCUAUUCUUCUUAUAUGGGCCUACAUCGUAGCCCUCCGCGACCCUACCGCCUUCUUCGCCGCGCAGGCUCCCAACCACCCCUUCCCCGUCUCCGAGCCUAUCCCCCCUCAAGCGCUAGUCCUGCUUCUGCAGCUCAUCAACGUAUAUCUGUUACUAGCGGGCCUAGCCGUAGUCUGUUCCUGGACGUCGCACGCUUCCGUCGCACGCUGGUAUUUAGCCGUCGUCGCGUUCGCGGAUUACGGCCAUAUCUGGGCGUGCUACCGGGGCGUCGGCCCGGAAUUGUUCUGGAACACCGCCGAGUGGAAUGAUAUGCUGUGGGGUGGGGUGGGCGGAAGUGCAGCGUUGAAUGUGGUCCGUUGGCUUACGGUGCUCGGGGUGUUCGGGGCGCUCGGGGGGCCGCGGGGGCCGGGGAGUGCGAAGAAGAUUGCUUGAGGGGUGAACUUUGUGUGCCUUGGAUGGAUGUUGACCGUUGUCGUGUGUAUGUCGUUCGGGUAUUGGAGUGUUUGUCGUGUGUUGUCGGCUGUCUCAUUAGGUCACGGUAUGUUGGAGAGUUCAGAUCAUGAGGAUUGGGAGAGGUAUCUUGUAUUAAGGGGCGUGCUAGGUAGACUUCGCAUUGAAGGAGGCAAAAGGUGAUUAAAAUUCAUAAUUUGUUGUUGCUUGAUUCCAGCGUCUCUUACGUUGGCUCCGUACGUAGCUCCGGUACUUUCGACGCCUCUUUAAAUCUCCUACAGUUUACACGGCUUAAGAGCUUCGGUGCGGAGAGAGUAUCCUAAUUAGAUGGCACGACGACAAUAUUAGCAGCAUUAAGCGUUUUAAUCUGAU